AUGCCACCAAUUCGCUCUGAAUCCUCGCAGAAGUUAGCCAACCAGGAGGGCAAGGUCUUGUUAGCCCUUUCCGAUAUCAAAGAUAGCCGUAUCAACUCUCUUCGCGCGGUAGCGAAGCUAUACGAAAUACCCUUCUCUACACUACAAGCACGCGCCGAUAGCCGAAUUGCACGCGUUAAUAAGCGCCCAAAUCGCUAUAAAUUAACUUAA